UGGAAUAUUUUGCAUUUUUCAAUUAAUUUAUUCCUAUUAUAACUUCUUCAUCCUGAAGCUGAACCAAGUCGAAAAUCAAAGUAUUGUAUUUUAUUAUAAAUUAAUAAGAAAAGCGUAGUUAUGAUGUGCUCGUAUUACGAUAGUGUUGAGAUAUGGUAAAGGUUAUAUUUGAAUAGAUCGAAAGUUUUGCGCUUGCGAAAAUGGAUCCCUGUGAAGGUUCCAAUAAAUCUGAUAAAAUGGAUGCGGAGUCCUCACCAUCAAGCAAAGCUGAUGCAUUGUCUACAGGUAAAAACAAGAAGAUAAUAAAGUUGAUGCCAUCAAUAGAAAUUGCGAAGAAAAGAGUACGUGCAUUUUCUAUACAAAAGAAGACUCCCAUCACUCCUAUGGUAGUUUCAAAGACCAUAACUAGCAGUAAUACUACACCAGUGAUAAUAGGUAAACUGACAGGUGUAAAAGUUACACCAAAAGUUGAGCCUGAUCCGGAACAGAAGAAACUGAAGCCUCCAAAACCUGGAGCUUCUAGACGCUCCUUUCAAGAUUCAUACGUUGAAUUACAAAAGCGCACCCUCUCAGAGAUUGAAGACAUGAAGAGAAAGAUGGAAUUAGUUGAGUUGGGCAUACCUCUUGGUCUUAUUUGCCCAACGUCCACCAGUGAAAAGGCCAUGCCAACUAAGGCUAUGCCACCUAUAAAAUCAUUUUUGGAUCAAUCAAAAGUUGAUGAACUAAUUCGCGAAGCAAAAAAGGCUAAACAAGAAGGAAGAGAAUAUAAAUUUGACUAUCACAAGUUGUUGCCUGAUUACGAUAAUCCAUUUCAAAAGAGGAAGGAAGAACCGCAGUUAUCGCUACCGAAUACCUAUGAAAAAGAACGCAAAUCGGACCGACGCAGAAGCGAAAUCGACAGAGAACGUGAUAGGGAAAAGGAAAGACGACGGUAUGACAUCAAAAGAAAUGACUACAAGAAAGAUUCAAAAUACAAAGAGAGAGACAAAGAAAGAAGACAUGAAGAGGCAGUACGAGAUACUUCCGAUGAAAAAGAGACUGACGUAAACCUUAAUGAUUACUUAGUCUGCGACAGUUGGUCUUUGGAAAAUGAUGAUAAGAACAGUACUACAAGUCCUAAGGUUACAGAAAAACCGAUGAAUCCCUUACCAACAAUACCUAUACCACCUGUCAUAGAACAAAAAAUUCCUUUGCCACCUGAUCCUCUAGCAAUUUCCACAAAGAAUGAAAGUUUAAAAGCUAGCGCAAUAGAUAGUGAAAAGACCGUACCAAUUAAAAUAGACAAGUUACAGCCAGUGAUAGAUUCAUUCAAAUACGAAAUAGAUCCGAACGAUGAUGAAGUUUUAGACAUAUUUGACGAAGAUUCCGAAUUAGAUAGAUACGCGCAGCAAACCAAGGCCAAACAUCGAGCUUAUUACGACUCACCUGAUAAAAGUAUGGAUUAUGACCAAGAUAACACAAAAGAUACAUCUAUGGAUGGAUUGAAUGAUGACACAUUUUUGGAAUCUGUGAUAAAUGAAAUAAAACAAGAGACUUUAAGCGAUGAUGGCAUACAUGAUAAAGGACUGGUCGAAUACGAAAUGUCUCCAAACAAAGAAGAAAGCCCCGUUGUUAAAAAGCGUAGUUCCGUGACGCCGGAAAUCGACGAUAAAAUUAUUAAUCAAAGUAAAAGAAGAAGCUAUUCUGAAGGUUACAGGUCAUCUGAUAGUUACAAAAGCGUGGAUACGAUAGAGAGUGGGUAUAAAUCGAUGGAUAGCUUUAGACUGUCUCUAGAAAAGGAGCUAGAUGGAGCUUUGGAGGCGAAUAUGUCCAAAUCAACAGUAGAUUCCUUGGAGACGUGGAGUUUCGUGCUGAAAAUCUGCCAGCCGCUGUUGUUUAGGCACGAUAAAAAUAAAUGCUACAAGGAAACGCGUACGAACCCCAAACUGUGGUUUGUGGAGAACCCCAAAGCGUGCGACUGUGUGAAGGACCGCGGCGUUGUCUAUGAAGAACUGGAGAUGUGCAAAAUGGCGCUAGUCGACCGGGUGUACGGAUGUGAUCAAAUCCCGGACGCCCCGUUCCCAAUGACACGCAAGUGGUAUCCUCGCAACAGUUUGUGCCCUACGGAGAAUACUCCGGUGCCACUUUCUAACGAAUGGGAGGCGGAAGACAGUCAGAUGGCUGACAGGGGGAGUAUGGGCUCAACUUGUACCACCCCGCAACGGAACGACGAAAUGUCACUGGAUAGAGAGUACCAGAGAUUCAUGGAAGCUGUGUGGCCAGAUGUCGCAGAUACCAAGAAAGAAACGUCUAGAAGUACGACACCGGUACGCCACGAGUCAAGAAAGAAAAAAAAAGAAGAUGCUGACAAGGAUGCAGAAGAGAAGAAACCUAAGAAGAUAAAGCUUAGCAGUGAGGGGUGGAGUCAGGAAUCUGAUAUUGAAGAGGAGGAUAAGAGUAAGAAACAAAAAAUGGAGAAGGAGAAGACGAAAUCGCGUAAACGGAAACGCUCCUCAUCUACUAUGUCCUCCUCCGUGUCAGAAAAUGAAGAAGAGGCUCGGAAGAAAAGGAAGCUUCUUAAAAAGAAGGCAAUCAAGAAAGCGAAAUCAAAGUCGGCGAAGCGACGUCGUAUCGGAAGAAGACUGUUAAAGAAGUUGAAAGAGAAGCAAAAGAAAAGAAUCAAAGAAAGAGAAAUCGAAGAUGAUAGUGAUAAGAAACGAGAAAAGAAAUUAAAGAAGAAGAAACAGCAGAAGUUGAAGAAAAAAGAAGCAAAGAAGAAGAAGCGUAGAGCGCAAUCGAGUUCAUCAAGUUCUUCUAGUAGCGACUCCAGUGAUUCAGAGUCCGAUGGCAAUAAAAAAUCAAAGAAGGCAAAGAAGAAAGCUCAAUCAGCAAAGAAGAAGGCCAAGAGGCUAAGGAAGCGAUCUAGUUCGGAUUCGGCGCGAAGCUUUGAGGAGGAAUUGUUCGAUGAAAACAUAUUGAACAAUAUUAAAACUGAGAGGUUAACCGAUGACGAAAAAGUUGGACACAAAAUGAUGGAAUUUUCGCCUCGACGACAGAAACCGAGAGAAAUUAUCAACGUUAAAGAACUCCAAAAUGACUUCGUCGGCAACAUUCAUAUAAAGCAAGAGAUUAUGGAGGAAAUACCGAAACCUAUGGAAUUGCCCAAAGAGCUACCUAAGGAGUUACCUAUCGAUACACCUAAGGAAUUACCUAAGGAGCUAUCUAAGGAAAUCCAGAAGGAGGAAGUUCCAAAGACUGCCGUUGCUGAAGAUAAUUUGGUAACUAAAACGGCUGCUGCCAAAAUUGCUGAUGUACCUAAGGUACAACCGCAACCAGUGAAAGUGUCUCAGGACAUACCAUCGUUGCUAGUGCCAGUCGUACCGCCAGCACGCAUACCGAUACCGGUACUGGAUGAGUCCAACAUGUCCCAGGCUUCGUCCCAGGAAUCCGUAUGCAGUAUUAAUGCAAAAGAUGCGCCAAUAUUUUACGAGAAAGAUGAAAGCCAUCUCCGGCCAUCCUCCCAGAAUUCUAACUACAGUUUCAACGAUGUGAUUAACGCGAGCCAAAACAACCUUUACCAGAAAGACAUAGAGACGAUAACUGCGCAUCAAAACGUGCUCUACGACAAAGAAAUAGGGAUAAAAGUAGAACAAAGUCUAUAUCCGAACAAAAUAGAGUCACUUUCUGGUGAUUAUUCUAAGAGUUCUGCCACUCAAGUCGAUUAUAGCAAAAUUCCUGCAACUCGAAGCGAUUAUACCAAGAGGAUAGAGGUGACUACAAGCGAAAUUGGUCUUUAUCACAAGGACGUUAGUGAAAAUGAAUGCGAUGACAAGUACGGGGAGAAUUACGAGGCCGGGAAUUACGAGAUGUACGAACAGAUGGCUAUGGCUUAUCAGAGCGAUGUUGCUAGCAAGCAAAGGUCGAGAGGUGCAGCGGAUGCUAAACUACAAGGCGAGGGUGGAACUCAACGCAUCGAGACUGUGGUGGGUGCGCGCACGCACGGCGAGAUCAAGUGCGACUGGCGGGCGGGUGACGCGCCCGCCACGCCACAUAGCUCGCAGCGACCAUCCCGGUGGGGUUUGAAGCCCGGGGAAGUGAACAUCGUGCUGACAGGUGACGGCAGUCAGUUCACACAGCAAGACGCCCGUGAGGCUCAACCCGUGUACCACAUACCGAGCAUCGCCAACCGCACCGACACCAAAACAGAUUUCAGCUACGACGAAGCCUACAUGGAUAUGUAUGGCGCCGCCGACCGCCUAGUAUACGGCGACUGCUUCAGCGAGAAAAUCGACGUGUCCACCAUUAUCACGCCCAUUUCCCUGAACAUCCAACCCGCUUCCCCCAAUAACAGCCCAGUUUCCGGUAAUAUUCAGCAUAUUUCCCCUAAUAUCGUACCCAUUUCAGAGAAUGUCCCUAAUGUUGUUAAGAAGGAAAGCAGGCCGUGUUCUCUAGAUGACAGAAUUAAUAAGGUGUUACAAGAAACCGUGUUGGGCGGAAUAGCAAAUGAAAUCGAUGCUGACAAGGACUCUUCCGAAAAGGGAAAAGCCAGGACCGCAACGCCUCGCGUUGUGAAACGCGUCAGUUUCGCAGACGGUUACAAGCCGGGACAAGACUCCGAUGUAGAGGAACCACCUACUAAAAAGCGCAAGAGGGCGCGCCGCACCGGCAGCGCGUGGCCGUGCCCCGCCUCGCACCCCGACCACGUGCCGCUGUGGGACGCCCUGCCGCCGCCGCCCCCGCCGCCCGGCUCCCCGCCGCCCGCGCGCCGCCCCGCGCCCGCGCUCCACCUGCUGCGCGCGCACCAGCGCCGCGCGAGCGUGCUCGCAAUGCCCGCGCCCAUGGGCAAAUUCGACCCAACGGUUUCGCUGGCUGGCUUCAUGCCGCCCGAACCUCCGCCGGGACUCCUCACCUUGCAGUUGAAUAACUAAAUAAGUUUUAUGUGUUAAAUUGUGAUUUAAUUAUUGUAAAUAAAUUAUUUUCUUAUUGAAA